AUGUGCUUCUAAAAUACACCUUUGAAAAAUAUUUCCAUCUUCUUCUUACUCACCUAGUUUCAGUUUUAGACAAGGAUAAAUGCCAUAGUGGGUGUAUUUAGAUUUGCGUCAGCGGUUAUCUCAACUCGCUCGAAGUAAUUACGAUUUUCUCUCAAAAAAAUCGAAAUGGCUGGCGGCGGUGAAGAAGCAGAAGCAGCGAAACUUACGGGAAUUAGCAAAAUUUUCAAUGGUCAAACAUUAAGAGGACGGGCAAAUGUCGCCAUGGCCACUUACGCUUCAGUAGGACUCUUAAUUGCGUACCUUUCUUUAAAACCAAAGAAAGCAAAGAAGUAAAUUAAAGUAGAGUUAUUAAUGGUAAAUAAACUAGACCACUAAA